AUGUCUGGAUGUAAAGAACACCUCCCGUUCUGCGUCUACAAGAAAAGGAUCGCCUUCACGGAUCAACAGCUCAAGGACGCCAUUCAGCACAGCGAGAACAAGCCAGACUGCGAGCUCAGAAGCUCCACUGAUGACCCGAUCCAAAUACUGGGUAAGUUGUAUUCAUUACCAUUCAAUACAAAACUCUUUAUCAUCUUCCAGGGACGGUCGUCUACUACAGGAAAUUGUAUGCGACUGGCCGUUGUCAAAAACCGCUGCCUGACUGUGAAGUGAGAAUUUCCAUUUAUUGUCUACUUCAAAAACUUGUCUUUAAUUCAGGUCAUCGGCGACCAAAUCCUUGAGAUGACGGUAAUUCGGUCCCUCCACAAGUACGCACACCAUCUCGGAAAUCCAGUCGGACCGGUAAGCGGUUUUUGACUUUUAUAGCAUAGGUGCGGGAUGUUUGAGAAACGCCAAAACAUUUUUCGACGUUCCGGUCGGUUUGAAAUUUCCGAACCAGCAUAAAAUUUAUAGACUCUGUUACGUUUUUUAGUUUUCCCUUUAUUUCGGCUGGAAGAGCUAGAUUGACACUUUUCAUCACAUGCUUAAGUCACUGUCCACGUAAUUUGUGAAAAUCUUGUACAGUAGGCGCGGCGGAAAGUGUUUUCGAUCGGGCUGAAAACCCCACAGACCCCUAAUCUUUGGCUCCGGGCUACGGGUAUUCACACAAAAAAGCUCAGCUUGAUCGGAAACGAAACACUCUGGGCAGGUUGACCAACGGUUGUUAACGAUAUAUAAAAACCUUAUCUAAUGUUGAAUAGAGGCUCUGAUUCUGUUUUCAGUGGAAAAAAGCACAUUUCCUAGUGUAAAACAUGCUAAAUAAUGUAUUUUCCAGUCCCCAUUCAGCUCUGAGAGAAAAGUCACUCUCAACGUGAACUACGACCUGCAGGAGACGAACGGCAAGGAGUUCAAGCUCAAUCUCUUGAAAGUGGAUCCGCGCACCAAAAACUUGGUAUGGUUUCAUCAAACUAUUUACAGAAAAACUCUUUUUUGCAGCAAGACUUGAAACACGUUGUGUUCACAAACGCUUCUGCGAAAGCUGCUAUCAGUUUCGAGCUGAACUCGCUCGUCAACGAGGCGCGAAUCAACGGCGACGAAAGUCUGCAAAUUCUCAUUGAAGGAUGUUACGAUGAUAAUCCUGGUAAGUGGAGAUAUCCUGAUUUUCAAUCAGAGUUUGCGUAAUUCGUAAUUCAGAAACCUCAAUCCUCAAACGAGUGGAAGUUUGGAGCCGCUCGGAGGGCUACCGCUUCUCGAAAGAGACGAGCGUGCAGGCGCACAAGAAGAGUCGCCAAUACUUCAACCCGAGAACUAUCGGCGCAGAGAUAGACCAUCUCCUGGACAAGCCGGCCAUCGGACCAUCGGAUUCGACUUCAAGGUUCCGACUCUCCGUUGAUGGUCACUGUUUUUCGAAUGCGGACAUAAACACCACUCAUGAUUUCGAUUCGAACCGAAACGCUUACCGUACGUAAAUUUUGUCAUGAAUUGAAAAAAAUAAUAGUGAAAUGCUAUUUCAGGUUACGAAGGAAUCGAUUACGGAUGGGACAGAAACCGGAAGCGUCAACAGGACGUGAACAACGAGUUCCGCGUGCAGUUAGCACAGAUGCGCGGGAUUAUGGGUGUGAAGCUGAUCACUUACCCAAAUGUGUGCUCGGUGAAGAAGCCGAUCUACUGUGUCGUCUGCAAGACGGAGUUCCCGACGCUGCCGCUACUGAUUCAUCACAUCAUCACAACGUACCCGAAACUGGCAAUUGUGGUCGGAAAGAAAAUUGAGCCGGAUGUAAGCGUAAACUGAAAAAAUUUUAUUGCAAUUGGUUCAUGUUUUCAGGGAAAUGAGCAUGUAGAAAUACAGUUGUUUGUCAAUGCAUUCAAGCGCGGCGGCCUGGGACGUCCCGACGUCGUCAGCUACAUGGUGUACCUAGAGGAGGUCAAGCAGGAGCUCUUUUUCUCCAGUUCCUUGUUUUCAUCCAUGUCAUACGCGCUCAGCUCGGAGGAAUUUAUUGAGGAAUUGAACUUUUCUUACAGUCAAUUGCACGGAAAGACAGUUGUUUGUAAUGACUGUCGAUUAAUUCCUCACAACAUGGGCAAAAGCAUGUCUGACUUGGAGGAAGUCUACUUAGUGAGUCACUUUUUUGCGUUCUGAUUGAAUUUGAAGUUUACAGCACAUGAACGCUCGAGAAGUAGAGUUCACUGAGAACUUUUUCUGGGUUCUCUGGAAGAACUUCUUGGCGAAGAGCCACGUUUGCGGUAUUCAAGACCGCGGCAUAUUCCAAAUUCUCCGCAUUUUUGUGCUCUGCCACCAGGUCCCGAUCGCCGUCCGGCUUUACAGGUUCCGAAAGAACUUCGACAGGAUGAUUGGGGAAUACUUCUCGAUAAUCUUUCCGGACGAGAAGGAACUAACGCAAAUUGAGAAAAUGGACCUGCACAAGAGGUGAGAGUUCAUUUCACAGAUUGACCUAACCUUACUCAAUUUGAUUUCAGAAUGGAGAUCGGAGAGUACGAUCCGCUCGGAGACGACGGCCAUUUCAUCUUCAAAUCCGUCUGGAAUAACAAGAAGGACAUUCUGAAGCAACAAGUGCCGGAUAGGGUGAAGAAGGUGCUCAGCAAGCCGUGUCCGCAAACGUAUCAGGAGAGAAAAGAAGUCUGGGACGAGAUUCGCUGGGAUGAGGCUUCCUUGGCCGUGAUCCGCGUCGGCAACGUCUUAACUCCAAACUGGGUAAGAGGCGAUAAACAUAACAUGUUGUUCAACAAAAGUUCGUUUCAGACCAAGAACGGCAACAUCAUCCACGUGCCGAAGUGCCUCUUCUUUGGAAUCGCCGACAAAGACGAUUUGAUCCAGCUAGAGCACGACGAAUUCUUCCGGCAGUAAGCGGUUCGGCUUCAUAUCAGAGUGGCGGCGACAUUUUUCUGUAAAUUUACCGGUAAUUCAGCCAUCAAUGGUUAGAAAUUCAAUCGAUAAACCACAUUGUCAUCCUCCCGCACCCCCCAACUUUCUGCACAGUUUUCUCCAAGAACUUCGUCGUCAUUUUCAAUAUUUCCGUCCAAAUUGUGUUUAUCUAUUCCACAAGUGUUAAGAUUUGAUGUAAAAGUUGUCAAUUAGUUAUUAUCGUCUGCUUUCUCACACUUUAUCUGUUCCCUCACCGUUUUCCCGCACGUUUGCAUGCAACGUUUACGUAUUAUAAAUCCAAUCUCAUAUCCAAUUAGUCUGCUUUCUUUUUUGUGCUUUGUCUUUAAAUGCUUAAUGAACCGACUGUGUUUUCGACAGAAAUAAUUCAAAAUACUUUCGUCUUUCUGGUACAUUCCGUAUUUUACCUCGUUCGUCAAUUAACAAUCUACAAUUGUCUUGUUUCGUUCAGAGAAUCCACAAUGACGUCUACCGAUGAACUUGCCAAGCUUUGCUCCUUCUCAAUGCCCGAUUGUAAGGAUGCCGACGAUGUUAGUGCUGAGUUGGAAGUGAUCGAAAUGGAGCCGGAAGAAUUGACGGGAGAAGAUCAGACGAUUGGUGCGUUUUCAUUCCUUUUGCGUCAUAGGCUCGAUUCUCAAGCUUUUGUUCUCGAGGACUCACUCUGCUCUGCAUUUCAGACGUCAUCGAGCAGUAUAGAAAACUGUCAGUGCUUGAGAAACCGAACAAACAGGACGACUUCACAUUUGACAGCUUGGAUUUCAAAAAGAUGUUGGAGACGUGUUGGGUCAUGGAGCAUCUCUCCAGAAACCACGAGCAUCUGGGAUUUCCCGUCAAAAAGGUUUUUCCGAUCUCAGUAAUCGGAAAACUGUUCAAAAUAUUUCAGAUAGAGAAUGAGUUUCCUUUCGUGACCGUGUUCAAAGUGGGUCAUUUGCGCAACCUGCAAAAAGGCGACUGGUUCACUCUCCAAGUCUACAGAACCGAUACAAAAGUACGUUGCAAACUUUAAAGUAACUCUCAUUCAUCUGAUUUCAGAUCUUAGUCGGAUUUGGCAAAUGGGAAACGCCGGAAAUGGGAGACACGGAGAUUUCUGCGCAGGAGAGAAGUGUGGAUGUGAACGUCGUACUCGACACUAUGAUUGCCGAGUGCAAAGUGAACCAGGCGAAGUCGUUCGAUUUGUUGAUCGAGGGAUUCUACUCCAGUUUUGUGACAGAAGGUAGGGCAAAAACAGUAUAUUUGCAUGGAUUUUGGGCUGAAGAUUUUGCUGGCGCGGAUGCUUCAUUUUGAGAAAACUAUAGAGAAAUCUGAAAAAAGCAGGGCCAGCACUUGCAAUAUUCCGAUCGGACCCAAACUUUGCAGAAUUGUUAGACUUGGAUUGAGGGCCAUUGGGACCUAGUUUUAGACCGAUCGGAUCGUCGAGUCCCGAGAUAUAUGGAUCAUUGGCCGAUUUUUUCCAAAAAGCCCGGGCUUCCGGCCAAUUUCGGUCAAUGAUCCACAUAUCUCGAGACCAGAUGAUUCGAUCGGUCUGAAACUUGGUCCCAGUAUGCUUCAACCCAUGUCCAACAAUCCUGCAAAGUUUGGGUCCGAUCGGAAUAUUGCAUGUAGUUCAAAAGUCGAGGUCAAUGGUCGGCCAACGAAAAGCCCGGGCCGGCCAAUUGCCCAGCCCUGGAAAAAAGUACAGAUCUUAUAUAUGAGCGUUUCUAUUUAUUACAGAUGGCACAAGUUUGGAAGUCAAGAACUCAUCGUAUCUGAAACGAGUUGUUGUGUGGACACGCGAACAGGGCUACAUCUUAUCUUCUGACAUGAGCAUCCUCAUGUGGCCGGUCGAUUUCGAAGAAGCUGUCGCGUCGGCCAGCAUUUUCGAAACGCUCCUCGACACUCCCGAGUCUGCGAAAACCGAAUCUUCCGCAAACUACGAGACGUUUGUCAUGAGAUUGUGGCCAGAUGGGAUGAAGGAGGAGGAGACGAGAAACAACUGGGAGAACUGCUCUUCGAUUGCCUGUGAGUUUUCUUUUCAUCAAAAUUCUGCUCAACUUCUGGUAUUUUUGCAGGUCCCGCCGAUAGCUUUAAAUUGUUCAAUAACAAAGUGAGCUCGGAAGUUGUGAGAGGAUUUAGCGAGACAAUGGAACACUACGUGAAAAUUUUCUCGACAGGCUCGGUCACGUACACUCCGAAGUGCGCAACGAGCGGAAAUUCGAUUGAGUGCAUCGUCUGCAGCAAAGUGUUCAAAACGGUGCCGGCUCUCGUCUGCCACCUCUUCUACAGAUAUCCGGAGCUGCUAGUGCGGAUUUGCAAAGAGACCUCGCCGAAUGUAAAUGAUUUCUUUAAAAUGUAUCAAUCGAAAACAGUUUACAGAGUAUGGGCACUUGUCAUUUGCUGAUAUCAGCCAGGAAGCCGACUGUGCACCAUUUAUACAAUCCGCAGGUGCAGGAAGAAUUUUAUAAACUACAGAAUGAAAAGGAGAAAUUCGGAUUCCUCUCCUUACGCGCGUUCAGCACAUCGCGCCUGUUCCUCCCACUCUCGGAGUUCGAGAAGGAUAUCCAAAAUAUCAAACGCAACUUUAAUACGGAAGAGCACAUGCUUGCCUGCCACGACUGCCAGAUGGAACCACUCAACUGGAGCAGAUUCCGAAAGGAUUUGCUAGAUCUUCAUAAGGUCUUCAAUGUUUUUCUUGUACAGUUCAUAUUCUCAUUUUUUAGAUCGCCAACAUGCCCGGAGCCAAGUUCGAUGAGCAGAUCGUCUACUUGGCCCUCAAGGGAUUUUUCGCCAAGGUCCGCGCAGUUAACUUCUUUGACAUCACCGGCUACCAGCUCUUGAAGCUGUUUUUGUAUACAAACAAAAACUUUCUUGCGCUCGUCUGUGACAAUUUUAAUGCGAUUUUUAACGAGUUAAUCGUUAAUCAUUCCGAAAACAUUUUUCCGGACGAGAUCCAGAUGGCCAGAAUUCAUCAAAUGGAUCUACAGAAAAGGUUAGUUGAUAAAAAUACAUUGGACAUUUGCGAUGACAAAAUAGUUUGUUUCAGAGUGCAAAUAGCAUCUUAUAAUCCAGCAGGAGCUCACGGCACGUGGAUCGCCGAGUUCCUAUGCCACAGAAAAGAGCAAUAUUUGAGGAAAAGCGGCCCGGGGCUCGAUCUUCUGAAACGAUUGUUAUCCAAAAAGUUACCGCUUUCGGAAAAAGAGAGCCUCGUGAUUUUAAAUCUCAUCCGAAAGGAUGAGGAUGCCGCCGAGGAUACUGGAGUUCUUGAAAUCUUCACACGUAUAGAGGUAGCAUAUCAGUUUUUAAAAUUAAUUUUGAAAAAUGAUUACAGGUUGUCAACAAGGAUGGAUUCCGGAUUCCACGUUGCAUGUACUUGGGAAGUUCUCCAGACGAGCAGAAUGAGGAAAGGCACACGAUGAUUCACAAUUUUCCAGCUUCAUAUGGCCAACAUUACCCGAAAUGA